GCCCCCGUGCCUGUGGCGGCCGCCGGAGCGCGGCGGCGGGAGGAGGAGGAGGAGGCGGAAGAUGGCGGCGGCCGCGGCGGCGGCGCUGCGGGCCUGGUUCUGGAACGAGCGGUUCUGGCUCCCGCACAACGUGACGUGGGCGGACCUGGCGGGCGAGCCGGGCAGCGGGCUGCAGUACCCGCGGGCCGCGCACGUCCUGUCCGCCUUCCCGCUGGCGCUCGGCAUCUUCGCCGUGCGGCUGCUCUUCGAGAGGUUUAUUGCCAAGCCCUGUGCCAUAAACCUUGGCAUCCAGGACAGUGGACCUCACAGAGCCCAGCCCAAUGCAAUCCUAGAGAAAGUGUUUACAUCCAUCACCAAGUCUCCAGAUGCAAAGAGGUUGGAGGGCCUGUCCAAGCAGCUGGACUGGGACGUGCGGAAGAUCCAGCGCUGGUUCCGGCACCGGAGGAACCAGGACAAACCCACCACCCUCACCAAAUUCUGUGAGAGCAUGUGGAGAUUUACAUUUUAUUUAAGUAUAUUUUUUUAUGGAAUCAGGUUUCUCUGGACGGCCCCCUGGUUUUGGGACACACGACAGUGCUGGCACAACUACCCUUUCCAGCCUCUAACAUCCAGGCUUUAUUAUUACUAUAUCUUGGAGCUGGCCUUCUACUGGUCCCUCAUGUUUUCUCAGUUUACAGACAUUAAACGGAAGGACUUCCUGAUCAUGUUUGUCCAUCACUUGGCCACGAUUGGACUCAUCACCUUCUCCUACAUGAACAACAUGGUGCGGGUUGGGACCCUGGUGCUGUGUCUCCAUGAUGCCUCAGAUUUCCUCCUGGAGGCUGCAAAGCUGGCCAACUAUGCCAAGUACCAGCGGGUGUGUGAUGCUUUCUUCAUGCUCUUCGGGGUCGUGUUCAUCGUGACACGGUUGGGCAUUUACCCUUUCUGGAUUCUGAACACGACCCUGUUUGAGAGCUGGGAGCUGAUCGGUCCCUACCCCUCCUGGUGGCUCUUCAACGGGCUCCUGGUGACCCUGCAGGUCCUGCACGUCAUCUGGUCCUACCUCAUCAUCCGCACGGCCUCCAAGGCCCUGGUGAGGGGCAAGAUUGGAGCUGGACAGUUCCACCCUUUGCAUGUGUCCAAGGACGACCGCAGCGACGUGGAGAGCAGCUCUGAGGAGGAGGAGGUGACUUCCAACAGCACAAAAGGAGUCUUCAGCACUUCCAGCAACGGCUCCAACCGCCUCAACGGCCACGUGGCCGGCGGCCAGUGGACAGGGGAGGAGUAAGGCCCUGGGCUGGCCCUGAGCAAAAGCAUGGACUUCUCUUUCAAUUAUCUAGUUGUGUUGAGCUCCACAUUCCCAAGUGAUCUUUAAUCAAAAACAAAAAACAACAACAAACCCCCUUCCCCAGACACCUCCAGCAAAACCCCGACCGGUCCGAGGGACGAAGCCGGGGCGGGAGAACAGAGCUGCAGGUUCCACUUCGAGCCACUUUUGUGCUUCAAAAGCACAAGAAAAAAAAAAAACAAAACAACCAACCCCAAGUUGUUGAACCCCGAGAGUUCCUGUUGAUGUCUGCAGAGGUGUCUUUUGUUUGGUUGGUUUUUCACUGGGAUCAAACUCGAGGCAAGAGCGGGUUUGGACGAGGCCGGUCCAGAAGCACUCCAGGAGCCACUUGGGAGCAGGUUCCAGGUCCAGAAGCACUCCAGGAGCCACUUGGGAGCAGGUUCCACGUCCAAACCGCCCUGGGGGAGGCAGAGACUCUUUUCUCAGCCUUGAGCUUUGAACUGUGCUACCCCAGAACUGCUGGCCUGGCUCGCCCCCGGGGUGCUGAGGAGGUCCCAGCUGCUCAUCUCUGCUGUCACCAGGGACCAGGCCGGCGUCUGCUGCCUCUUUUGGUGCUGCAAACCCCUCUGAAGUCUUGACCAAAGCCUUCUGUAAGGAAGGGGGGAGGUAGGGGGAGUGGUUUAUUGCCCCUGAGACAACCAGCACAAUCCAGGCCUUUUAAAUCGUUUGUUUGUUUGUUUUUUCCCCCCUGUUGCAAAUUGUGGGUUUUGAAGACUUUUUUCUAGACCUACUGGAUCCAGUUGGCUGAGCUGGGAUCGGAGGGAGGAUCAGAACUGGUGGGGCUGGGUUUAACCCUCCAAAAAAUGGGAUGUUUUGGUCCUGUAACUCCCAGACAGAAGUGAAUGUUGCUGCUCUGAUGCUGCAGCUGUGGAGGAACCCGGGGCUGGAAGAGCAGCCACACUGUGGGCUUUUGCUUCUCUUUUGUUUUUUUUUACUCAAUGGUACUUGGGGGCAAUGGAAUGGUCAAUCAGGAGCAGAAUUUUGGAAACUUCUCGACUCGUUACCAUUUUAUACUGUUGUUUACUCUUAUCUCCGAUUAAAAGUUGCUUCAGAA